AUGAAAUGUCCAUCAUAAGUCAAUCUUAAACCAUUUACUUAUUAAAUAAUUGAAACUAAUUCUAUUAAAUAAUAAGAAUAUUGUUUGGCACUUGCUAUUAAUAAAGAUUGUUCAAUUGUAGCAGCUGGUUGUAAUAACCUAAUUAAAAUUUAUGAAUUCCAAUAAGGAAUGUUGAAAUUAAACCAAAUUUUAAAUGAACAUAAAAGUCAUGUGUUCACUUUAAAUUUUAUGAAAUAAUAAAAUUAAUUGAUUUCUGGAGAUUAAGGAUCUAUUUUGAUUUGGGAAUAUAAUAAUAAUAAUUCAUGGAUUUGUUUAUAAACUAUAGUAAUUGUAUUAAAUGCAUAAUUUUAAAUAAUAAUAAAGAUCUUUUUAUAUCCAGUAGUAAUGAUACGACUAUUAAGUUUUGGGUUAAAAAGAAUGAAUGGAUUUGUUAAUAAACUAUUACAGAUCAUAGUGAUUGGGUCUAUCAAUUAAGUUUAAAUGAAUAACAAAAUCAAGUUAUAUCUUGUGGAGCGGAUAGAUUGAUAUUAGUAAUAGAGUAAUCAGAACCUAAUAAAAAUUGGAUUGUAAAACAAAAAAUAAAAGUUGAUUGUGAAGGAUAUCGAUUAUGCUUUAUAAACAAUAAUCUAUUCACAUUUUAACCUAUAAAUGGGAAUUUGAUGUAUGUUUAUGAAAUGAAUAGUGUAAGUAAAUAGUUCACUAAAUCAAAAGAUAUUACUAUUAAUAAAGGAUAUGAUAAUUAUAUAUUAUUUCCAUAAUAAUUUAUUAAAUAAAAAUAAUUAGUUGUUAAUAAGCAUGGUGAAUAGGUACAUUUAAUAAGAUUUACAGAAAAUGCUGAAUUUUAAGUUGAAUAAUCUCUAUUCAAUUUGGAACAAAUUAUUUAUUUGGAUCAUUGA